AUGGCGACAGCACCAAGCCGCGAGGAGCGGAAGCAGAUGCGACUGCGCGGCGCAGGCAACCAUAAGGUUAAAGACGUCAAUUUCGGGUUUUCAUUUGGAUCUCCAACUCCACAGUCUCCGAUUCCUCCGCCUCGAUCACCGCCAGCACUCCCUCAGAAGUCCCCUAUAACACCACAGUCGCGUCACUCUACAACCUCGAAUAAACAACUUUCUAUACCCUCCCGAGCAUCUAGUCGACGUUCAGCCGCCCGCGCAUCUGCGGAAAAGCCUCAGGAUGGAUCAAUCUAUGACAUUCCGGAGGAUGAUGAUGACAGGCCAGAGGAAAGAAGCGCAAAGCGUAGGCGGAUAAGUAGAUCAUUCGAAAGUGCAGCUCCGGAGAGCUCGCCCACUGAGCACCGCACAAGUGCACACCCACUGCCUCCCGAGCCAAAGGAGACAAGCAAAGAAACCAGCAAAUCUCCGUCAGUCAGACACACUGUAUCAUCUACUAGAUCGCCUGCAGGGGAUACACCGUCUUUACGGAGCAUACGGCAAUCUAUUGAAUUCCCAGUUUCCGCGUCACCAUCCCCUAGAGUUGAGAGUCCGGGUAGCAGCAUUCAGGAAUCUAGUUUGACCCUGACAAAACCAGCUGGGCACACGCAUAAUCAAAAGCAGAGGCGGCGAAAGAGGAAAUCCGUAGUCCAACAUCCAAAAAAGAAACGAAAGAGUUUAUUAAAACCACCUGUUGUACCUGAGAGCCACGGGGGCGAAGCUGAGGAUGGGCCCGAGCAACUACAAUCUCCGCCCCAGGAUUUGACUCACGAUGAAGAACUGGUUCGGAGUGAAUCAUCUCGGCCAAAUGGCACCAAUGUUUCAACCGAGGAACCCAUAGACUCGCCUCGAGAUCUGCCUCACCCCAACACCGAUGAGAGGACAGAUGAAAUGUCAGAGCAGGCAGAAGUCAAAGGCAGUGGUAACACACCAGAUAUUACGGCGGGAGCCCACAGUGAAGGAGGGAACUCAGAAUCUGAAUCUCAUUUACCAACACCUGAAGCCCAGGAUGUUCGGCCUAAAAGUGCUCCGAAGGAGAAUAGCCCAGCCAUGGGACAAGACGUCCUACCAAACCCCGUCGGAAAACGAGAGAAACAAAACAAGGAGGAUAGUUCCCCGAAACAAAAAGGGAAAACUCGUCAGCGGAAAGAGAAGGGUGAGGGACGGUCGACCGUCCCAGUCGUGGUCCACAGGCUUGCUAAUACCUCAGCCCUACAUGAGUGGCCUGACGAGGAAGAUUCUGCUCAAUCCUCUCCAGCGGAUGGCCGACAGCCAUCGCCCCAUCGGCCUUCCUCACAUCCUCCACAGAUUCCAUCUCGCAGUGGCGUGAAUGCCGCUGACGUCCUCAGCCAGAUAUGCCGUGAAACGCUGGAGAAGACAUUAUCUACUCUAGAGUCUGCGAUAGAGCGAGAGUCAAACCGCACUCGCCAGGUGGAAUGGACUCGGAAGCGCAAGGCCGUGGAGGCCUUUGGUGCCGAGUUAGAAGGUAGGCUAUUUGAAAUAAGCGAACUGCUGGACAGUAAUUUUGUGCUUGCGAUGCGCCUAAAAAAAGAGAAGAAGGAGGUUUUUACACUGAGAAAUCAGUUGAUGGAUCUAAGAAAGGAGAGAGAAGAGAUUGCAAUUCGUGCAGACGAAGUAAGGAGGAGGUUUUCUGCAGACGAAAGCGCUAAAACGGAACAUGGAACAAUCAACAAUGCUCUUCAUGACCUCCAGCUGGCUGUAGAUAGAAGCCAAAAAAACGCUGAUCAAAGCUCUGUUGGCUCUACUAACCCGUUCGUCGGCCUCGAGUUUCUUCUCCGGACUGUUUCUCAGGAUGUCUGCUCCUCCGUUUCCGACUUUCACGGCGGCCUGUUGAAUCAAGUUAAAUCGUUCAAUGACCAACUGCAGAGGACAGCCGCGUUACUAGAUCGUCGUGAAUCAUAA